AUGGCUUCUUCUUCUUCUUCUUCGUCUCGCGUCAAAAGAUACCAAGUCUUUUUGAGCUUCCACGGUCCAGAUGUCCGUAGAGGGUUUCUCAGUCAUUUGCGAAAUCAUUUUGCAAGCAAAGGUAUCACCACUUUCAGUGAUCAGGGGAUGGAGAGAGGCCACACGAUCGGACCUGAGCUUGUACAAGCUAUUAGAGAAUCGAGGAUCUGGAUCGUGGUGUUCUCGAAGCAGUACGCUUCUUCCAGCUGGUGUUUAGGUGAACUGGUUGAAAUUUUAAAGUGCAAAGAAGAAGAUGAGGGGCAAAUUGUGAUUCCUAUUUUUUACGAAGUUGAUCCCUCCGAUGUUCGGAAACAGAGCAGAGGCUUCGGGAGAGCUUUCAAGAGGACUUGUCAAGGUCAACCCGAGGAGAAGAAGCAGAGUUGGACCAAAGCUUUGACCGAUGUCGCAAACAUAGCUGGGGAGCACUCUAUUAAAUAGGAUGAUGAAGCAGAGAUGAUCAAAAAGUUUGGUAGAGAUGUUUCAAACAAACUGAAUCUUACUACACCUUCAAGGGAUUUUGAGG